UCAUUUUAUUUUUAAACUCCAGUGAGUAAUGAAUAAGGUCUGUCGAACUUCAAAUACCCAAAUCGUCGAUGUGCCACACCUAUACUGCAGAUGUGCUGACGGCAAACUCUGGCUAUCCUUAAAGUAAAGAAUCAGCAGUAUUCUCAUGCCAAGGAUCCUGUUGGACAUAUGGAACCAUUUAACACAAAAGCUGGGUUGGAGCAACUACAAGUAGAUGGUUUUAACUGAUCUAAACAUCUUCCAUACUUAAUCUGUUAUUGUAGUCAAACGAUCUUCCAUCUUUGUUAUGCUGUUGAAUUAACGCUGAUUGAAAUGUAGACAUUGUUUUUUUAGCUGAGCUGUUACCCUGGUGAAAUCACAAACAGACAAUUCUAGACAAUAUGUGGACUGGUUGCCUGGAACAGAGUUUUUAAGAACACCAUAAAGCAGAAUGCAACCCACUGUUAAAAUCAGCAAGUCAGUCCUGCUGUGUCUUAUAUGGAUAUCGAUACCCGCUCUGCUGUUGAGUGAGUUCAAACUGGCCUACGUGACAGACUUCAGUCUUUACAACUGCACCUGCAUUAGGUCCCUGUCAGUGUGUGGCCGCAUUGACCCUGGAGAAUGCGACUGCAAUGCUUUCUCAUUCUCCGUGCUGCACCGUUCUACCAGCGACAGCGUCCUCAACGAGAAGUGCAUCACGGUCUGGUACACUUCCCCCGGCAACGUGGCUCUCCUCCUCAACAAUUCUGAAGUGCGGCACUUGUCUCUUGUCAAAUGCGAUUCCACAGGUUGGAAACCAAUUCUAUAUGAUUACUUCACUGUACAAAGACUGGAAAGACUCACAGUCUCGUACCGUAACCGGUAUGCAGAUUUUACUAAAGCUAUUGAACUUGGGCGGCAAAGGCUACCUGGAGCUCAUGAUGAUGAAGCGAGCAUGGCCGUCAUCCAUCUAUCUGUCCUGGCUGGACAACCAACCUUGAAGGCCUUCACAGUUCAGACAACUGGCCAGAGCAACGGCAGCUUUCCUUUCCCAAACUUGAGCAUGGCCCAUUCGUAUCUGUCAGACACUUCGAACAGGUUUAUAACUUUUGUCUACUAGCGCAGCGGUUUUCAACCUUUUCAUCUCAAGUACCAGUGUUUCCAGCAGGGACGACCAGAUGUACCAGUAACUAUGUGCAGUCUUAAAUGGCUAUUGUAAAACAGACCUACCCCAUUACAAACGUGUUUUUUUUUUUUUCUCUAACUAUCACCGAAGAUGUGACAGCUUAAUCUGAUUAUUUGAGUUCACCACAAACAACACAGAGUGGCUGCUUUGGUUCCCCACAAACAGAUUGAUACAUUACAAUAGUGCAAUUAAGUGAGUAUUGUGGUUGAGGAAUCAUAUCAUCAUAACUGCCAGUGCGUACCAGUUGCAAGCCUGUCACGUACCACAGGUUGAAAACCACUGUACUAGACUAGUCUAGUACUUCAAAGUAUAAAAAUGUUCAUAAAAAUGUUCAGCAGUAAAAAAACUACAUUCGGUAAACAAACACUGUCUUCAGUGUUGUGUUCGAUUUUUUGGUAAAGUGGUAUUUUUUCAUAUAAAUUCAUGAGUUCAGUUUGUCAUUGACUGUGCAGUCAGUUGUUGCUCUUUUUUGUUCUUUAUAAACAACUUAAAUAAAGAUGUUACUUAACUACUUGUCGCAAUUCCAGUGUAAAAAUUAAGACUUUUUAGCAUCCUUUAACAAAGGAUUGAAAUCUUUAAAAAAAAAAAAAUAACUAAGUUUAUAGUUUUAUCCUCCUGGGUGGCCAAAAGUUUGACUGAAUUAAUUACCAGAGUACUGUUCCUGCACAGCUUUGACCUAGACCUUUUCAACAGAAAAUAUAUUUUUUUUCUCGUUUUUUUAUCUUCUUUUUAGAUUUAAUUACUUUUAUGUUAAAAUGUUAAUGUCCUUUAAAAUAGCCUUUUUUAAGAUGUAUUUUAAGUAUUUGACGUAGGCAUUUUACGCAUAGAGUAGGCAGGGAAGCAGUGCAAAAAAAUAUCCACUAGAAACUGUCCUCGGGGCAUCAGAUGAUUCUAAAGGGUUAG